CAUCUAAACACCUGCAGGACAGCGGCCCUUGAGGACUGGAGUUUGACACCUGUGCGCCUGCUUCAACUGGCCUUUUCAAAUGAUUGCAAUUCAGCAACGGCCUGUUAAUCAGCGAUCAAUUGAAAUCAUGUGUGCUGAAGCAGGGAAAUAACUAAAUCAUGCCGGGCAAUCAGUGUAACUUGAGGACCAGGGUUAAGAAAUGUUUUUUUUUAAAUUCUGAAACACUUGCAGUGGCGUUGUUGUCAGUUGCUUUGGCAACGGGUCUGUGCGUAGCAUAACCGUCAGAAAGCCAGAAAAAAAAAUCUACCAUUUACAAACAGGAGGAUCUGCUUAUUUAGGGGAGGCGUAAAGCUGAGAGUAGAGCCCCUCCCAGGAAUAAAACUUUCAAUAUAUAUUCUUUCAGUGGAGACAAUUAUAACUCGCUAAUAAUUCACCAGCAAAAUGUUCCUCUUCACUUUGGUGUUACUGUUUCUACCGGAAGCUGACACCCUGAAAUGUUAUGAAUGUUUAUCAAGCAGCCCUGGAAUUUGCACUGGGAAAACAACUGAGUGUCCCUCACAGGAUUAUCGUUGUUCAGCAGUAACAACAGAAGUCGCAAUUAAAGAUGGCGUCGUGGUUCCUAUUGUCAACUUCAAAGGUUGCAUGAUGCCUGAACUAUGUGUUGAAAACUCCGUCAACUACGGAACUUACAAAGUGGUGAAAAAUAGCGUCUGCUGCAAUGGAGACCUCUGCAACGCUCAAAUACCUGAGUACAAGUCCGCUCCAAAUGGAAAAAAGUGCUUCACGUGUGAGGGAGAAAACUGCAUGAAAACUCUUAAAUGUGAAGGGAAUGAAAACUACUGCGUCAAAGCAACAAGAGCCCAAUAUGAAGGAAAAAAUGUGACGCUGAAGGGAUGUGCCUCCAAGUUGAUCUGCUCAGAUCAGCGAGCUUCACGGGUGAAUCAGUUCAGCACAGAACAGCUUAGCUGCUGCCAGGGCGACUACUGCAACAGCGCCAGUAGAGCCUUUACCUACCUGCUGCUCCUGUUGGUGCCACUGUUGUUUUCUAACUUAUUUUCUUAGCUCAUAGAAAUAACCGAAUUACUGCCAAGUUUAAACUUGUAUGCAUAAUUAAUUUAAUAAAACAGCUUUUUUUCUUUGA